AUGGAGCCGUCUAAAGAGGGCCACACCCCUUACUCCUACAACACCGCCACCACAUCCCCCGGCCAUCACAAUGGCGGCACUCCCGCUGGCCCAUAUCCCUCCGGUUCUCCAACCUACCCUCAAAGUUCAUCAUCCUCUCCAACCAACGACCUCUCACAUGAAAAGACCGAGGUCACCGACAGCCCUAUCGUCGAGCAGAUGGAGAACGUCGAGACCCCCGAUGGGUUGCACAGAGGACUCAAGUUGCGCCAUAUGGUCAUGAUUGCCAUCUCGGGGACUAUUGGAACGGGGUUGUUCCUGACGUCCGGGAAGACUAUCGCUACUGCUGGACCUCUCGGAGCACUUCUGGCGUAUGUGGUGAUUGGUAUCUGGCUGGUGUUCGUCUGCCAGGCGAUUGGUGAGAUUGCGACACUGCUACCACUCCCUGGAGGUUUCACGUCCUGGGGAACCCGCUUCUUUGACGAGGCCUUCUCCUUUCAACUUUCAUACUGCUACCUCACGAACUGGUUGUUAACGGUCCCAGCUGAGUUGUCUGCAUCUUCGCUUGUCAUCUCGUUCUGGUUGCCUGAAGGAUCCAAUUUUCCGCUCUGGAUCGUUCCCUGCAUUAUUAUCGCCGUCUUGGUGGUCAUCAACUUCUUGGGCGUAAAAAUGUACGGAGAGGCAGAGUAUUGGUUCUCGAUCCUGAAGGUCGUUACUAUCAUCGUCUUCAUUAUCACGGGCAUCCUCACCGACGCCGGAGCAGUCGGUGGAAAGACCUUUGGAGUCGACUACUGGCAUAUUGAGGGUGCCCCCUUCAAGGGCGGCUUCAAGGCCUUCCUCUCUGUGCUCGUCUCUGUCGGUUUUGCCUACGGCGGCACCGAACUCUCUGGGAUCACCGCAGCCGAAUCCAGUAACCCACACAAACAUGUCCCCAAAGCCGUCAACACCGUCCUCGUCCGCAUCGCAGUCUUCUACAUCCUCUCGAUUUUCUUCCUGUCCUGCAUUGUGCCGAAUAACGACGAGCGCCUGAUGAACGAUGGGGGCACUGUGGUCAACGCGCCGUUCACGAUCGUGUUCUUGCAGGCCGGAAUGAAGGGUGGAGCGGAUUACAUGAACGCGGUCAUCUUCACCUCGAUCGUCUCGGCGACAAACUCGGAUUUCUACGUCGCCACCCGGAUGAUGCUCUCGCUCUCCAGGAACGGCUGGGCGCCCAAAUGGGUCGGCAAGACCAACCGUCGAGGAGUCCCAUACUUCGCCGUUCUGAUCACCACCCUCUUCUCUUGCAUCGCCCUCGUCAUGAUCUACGCCGGCGCAGAGGUCGUCUUCAACUGGCUCGUCUCCAUUAUCGGCUCCCUCAUCUUCCUCAUAUGGGUCUGCAUCCUCUUCCUCCACUUCCGUUUCCGUGCCUGCUGGAAAGCCCAAGGUCGUACUCCACAAGACCUUCCCUACAAGUCUUGGGGUUAUCCCUAUGGACAUUACUUGGCCAUGACGAUCGGAGUCUGUUGUGUGGUCGCUAGCUUCUACCUUUCCAUCGCCACCAAGCCCUCACUCGGGGAUUUCCCAGAGGGGACUGCGGAUCCAAAGUAUAAGAAGGCUAGGGAUUCGUGGGCGCAGGGAUUGUUGGGAGCUUGGUUCCCAUGGUUCCAGGCGAUUUCGUUGUACUUUGCUUACAAGUUUGUGAGAAAGACAAAGAUUGUUGAUCCGGCCUUGGCAGAUUUGGAUUCGGGACGGUGGGUUGUGAAGGAUGAGGUUGUGGAUGAUAAACCGAGACCUAAAUGGAGGAAGAUCCUUGCUCGUUUUGUCUAG